AACCACUGUCUUUUAAUCUACCGCACUGGGGGUUACCGUCUAAAUGUCUUAUUUUCUUCCCCAUUUACCUUCAGGUUGGCACGUCGACGAAGCUAUCAAGUCUGAGGAAGAUCGUGUAGUUGUCAUUCGAUUUGGCCACGACUGGGACAGCCAGUGUAUGACCAUGGAUGAAACCCUGUAUUCCGUCGCCGAGAAAGUACAGAACUUUGCUGUAAUCUAUCUGUGUGAUAUUACAGAGGUCCCAGACUUUAACAAGAUGUAUGAAUUAUAUGAUCCAUGCACUGUGAUGUUUUUCUAUCGAAACAAACAUAUCAUGAUUGAUUUGGGUACCGGUAACAAUAAUAAAAUAAAUUGGGCCAUGGAUAAUAAACAAGAAUUAAUUGACAUUAUCGAAACAGUUUAUCGUGGCGCUUCGAAAGGACGAGGUUUAGUUGUUUCUCCCAAAGAUUAUUCAACUCGUUACAGAUAUUAAUCCUACACCUCGCCGCCUCUUGUAUCGUACAUACACCCUUGUUCCUCUCGCGUCGUGAAAUAAAUAAUGGUAUCCCCCGUGCUCGUUGAACUAACAUCCCACUAUGAAGAAAUCAACUUUGAGUACAAUGCAUCGGCGAUCAACUUACUGCAAUACCCCAUUGUCUCGCAAUCUUCACUGCUGCCAAAACUCGUGCA